GCUUGCUGUUUGGACACACCAUCUUUCUUGUUUUGAACAGAGGUUGAUACAUGCAUUGAGGAGUGUCUGUUUAUCCUCUGUACCUUCUCAUUUCCUGGCAUUUGGAGUCCUUUCAUUGUGGUUGUCAGUUCCACAAUCGCCAGUGCCUCCACCUCGCAUUGGCCUACCCUCCUACCUAUAAUCCCAUGCACCCAUACCACACGUCACACACAACAUCAACCAUGGAUGCUCCGCUGGACGGAUUGACCUCCAUGCACUUCGCCCUGAUCUACAUGGACGAAGAUGGGAAAUUGCGGUUCGAGGCCUCGCCGUCCAUCGUAAACAACUGCCAGACCAUUCUCUCCCCGAAUGUUACGGACAACUUUCUCCGCGCGGUCGCCAUGUCCGGGCAAGGCGUUCCUUCAAAAAGUACGGACGAAACAGGCUCCAAGAGCCCUCUAUCACCACAGACCCCCACAGAUGGAAGUGACUGGAGUGGGCGAUCCUCGAUGCUCGACGUUCAACAGCCCAAGAGAAAGCGCGUGUCUCACGAAUGCGUCGUCCCCAUGAACAUCAACUGCCACCAGAAGACCAUGCUACCGGUGCGCAACCAGACGAUGUUGCGCCGAUACUACGAAAAGGCCUUCGAGAGCCUGCAACAGAUCAACUGCCGCAUCCUAGCCAAGGCCUACGUCAAGCUGGUCGAACCACGCAAGCAGGUCAACUUUCCCUACAACGGACGCAAGAUCAUUGCCGGCUCGUCGCAGCAGUUCGAUCCGGAGCUGACCAAGCCGGCUUGGUGGCCCUCGGGGGUAACGCACCGCGAGCCCGACCAUCUUCUCAAAGCGGAACGAAUUCGUCUCUUGGUUCACAUCCUUUGCGAACUCCGCGGGAGCCACAACAUUACUGUCGAGAAGCUGCGCGAGGCAGACCAGUCGAUCCGGCGGCAGAUCCUGCCCGCGGAGCGGUUACAAGUCCUCGACGAGAUCUAUCAUGUCCGCGAGGAGGAGGAGCGAUAUCUCGAUGGACGGGCCGGUAUGUCAUUUCCCCAGAUCCGGCAGAACACUACUAACGCAGACACAGACGCUCAAUCAGCAGUCUGCGUCUACCGAGUCCAUCUCCCCGACCUAGACUCCCACACGCGCUCCCCCAGUUCGUCAUUGACAAGAGACCUCAACCCCGUCUACCGCAAAGAAGUCCCCGACAUGGAAUCCCACACCUCCGUCUUCCCCUCCACAGGCGGCUCCCCAGGAAGCGACACCACCACCACCCCCGGAACAGCGCCAAAGACAGCAGCGCCAGCAGCAGCGUCCACGCCGGCUGGGAGCCCUGCGCCCCGUCCCUGCCCUCCCUGAGCACCCCAACCAGCGCGAUGUUCCCCUCGGAGGACGCCCACGGUUACCCCAUCAAAUACUACGACGCCCACCAUGGGCCCCACCAUGGGCCCCACCACCAGCACCACCCUCUGCCGGUUAUUGGUCUCCCGGCUUCUGACAUGGGUGCAUGCACCAACCCGUACUACUUCAA